AUCCUCCGAUACCAUCUUAUACUUUUUCCAUCUACAGUCGCAAUUUAUUUGAAAAGUCAAAGUUCAAGGACUAUGACUCGUUACUUGAAAGUAAGCUAGCCCGUUGUCAAGCUUGAGCAAAUCAUUUGGCAUCGAUUCUUGAAAAUGGUAAUGUGAUUGGUGCGAACAGAAGCCUGACAAGGCCACAUGGUACGCGUGAGAAUAUAAGGGCCCGCGACAAGGAUUCGAAAACAACAUGUACACUUCUCUUAGAUGGUGAGUAUGUUGCAUCUUUUACUAUUGGCUCCGAUCAAAUUAGAAGUCACUUGCUAGUAGAGACUGGCAGUGAUUUAGUUUGGUGGCAAUGUGGACCAUGUGAAGCAAAUAAGUGUUACAAACAAAAUGAUCCUUUAUAUGUUUCAACUAAUUCGACAACAUAUUGGAAACUCCAUUGCAUUGCACAAAAAAAGAGUUGUUUUGUCAAGUCCAAGAAAUAUGUAUGUACUCAGAACGUUAUGUGUCUCUAUGAUGUGAAAUAUGGGGGUGGAUCAAGAACAACGGGUUGGAUGGCAGAGGAGGUGAUUACUUUUGUUUUAGACCAAAAUCAGGAAAGAAUUCAUUUUGGAUGUGGAAAGGAUCAAACGAGUGGAAAACCAGUUUUUGGUGGUUAUUAUUCUGGAAUUGCGUGCCUCGGGCGUAGAGUGUUGAGUGAUGGAUAUUCUUUACCAUCGCAAUUUGAGGCAGACAUUAUGGCCAUGUGUCUACUGGGAACUUACUCCAUAAAAGGAUCAACAAUUAGUUUCCACACAACCGAAGAAAAUAUCAGCAGAGAUAUUACCAAAUUCCGUAUUCCCUACUUUUAUUUCAUCAAUCUUUAUAAAGUUUUUAUCAACGAUAAGGAAAUCCCACUGGAUCCAUCAAUUUGGAAUCUUGGAAAUGGCAUACACAGUGGUUGCAUUGUUGAUACAGGAACAGUUAUUACCCGUUUCCCUCGAGAUUUUUAUACUGUAUUCCGUGACACAUUCAAACAAGAAGUAGUGGAGAUUCCGUUGUUUGGUUCUCCAGUUGGACCUCUUGACACUUGCUUUAUAGAGGAUCCUGGUUUUGUACCAAAUUUGCCCAUUGUAAAGAUGUAUUUCGGCCACCGAGACCCGAAUAAUUUGCUGUUACUGAAACAACUGCGAGUCGUGGUGCACAUUAGGGGGCUAUUCUGUCUUAUGCCAUGGGACAGUGGCGUUGCACUUAUUGGAAGUACUCAACUCCAAGGUAUAGGAUUAACUUUCGAUACUGCAGCAAAUACUUUGUCUUUUGAGCUAGAUGCAUGUAAUUGAGUAUCUAUGAAAUUUCUAUAUGUUGCAAUCUAAUUUUGUCUUUAAUCUUUUUCUUUCUUUAUUUUUCAUCAAUCCUAAAUAAAGAUAAACUCUAUAUUUACAAUAUAAAAAAACACUGGUCCUGUUAACAUGUUGUUGGCUACACUAAAUGUCUUCAGUCGAUCUAA